AUGACGCUAAGAACAAAAAAUCCGCGUGUCUCAAGAGUACACAAAGGUGAGAAGCCAUUUAAAUGUCGUGUAUGUGAGAAGAGUUUUACAUCAACUGCUUUACGUAACCAGCAUAUGGUGGUCCAUUGGGGACAUAAGACGUAUAUCUGUGACGUAUGUGGUAAAGGAUUUAUGAGUCGUAAACAUUUUAAAGAUCAUAUGAGAAUACAUGACGGAGAGCAACCUCACAAAUGUGAAACCUGCGGCAAAGAUUUCAUCUACUACAGGAGUUUAGUUCGACAUAUGCUUGUGCACAUAGACCCUAGAGAAAGACCAAAACCAUAUAAAUGUGAAUAUUGUAACAAGGAGUAUACAGAAGUGACUGGCUUUAAACAUCAUAUGAGAGCUGUUCAUACAGGUGAAACACCAUUCCAGUGUGACAUAUGUGGUGAGUCAUUUCAUCGUAAUGAUAAAUUGAAACGUCACAUUAAGUCUCGUCAUCACGUUGCCAAGGGCAACAAGGAGUUAAUAGUGACAACAAGACGUGCAUCACAUGGAUUUCCAGUCAUUGUGAAAGCUGAGAAUGAACAUCAGGAAGAUUUAUUAGAGAUUGUUGAGGGAAAUGAAGUGGAGGGAGGACAAAAUGAGCUACAUGUAGACGUAAUACAACAAGAAAAUGAUGGGCAACAACAAGUAUACCUUAUAGGCUUAGGACAAGGAGGGGAGGCAGCUUAUUUACAGGAAACACAAGUGAUUGAAGGUCCUGAUGGCACAAGAUAUAUUAUAGCAGGAUCAGGCGAGGAACUACAAGUUAUUGAGUCUUCUAACCUACAAGUUACUGAGCAUGUUCAGGAGGGUGAUAUUGUAGAGGGAGGAGUUAUACAGCAGAUACAACAAGUGGAACAUAUUAAGGAUUCUAAUAGUGGAAAUAUUUUGGUCAUGAAUGAUGGUGAAGAACAGACAUUAAGUACAUUGGCAAACAUGGCGAGUGAAGCUUCAGUGGUUAAAUUAGAUUAGAAUUCUAUCAUCAUGGUUAUUUUUUGACAAGUUUUAACUGGUUAAUUGUUAGAAAAACAUGUUGAUAUUUUUUAUUGAAUGUUAAAUCUUGUAUCAUUUACUUUAAAAGAAGAGAACAAACAUAAAGAGAUUGCCUACACAUCCAUUGGAACGUACAUAGAGGAAAUUCAUGUUUUUGUAUCACCUUGAAAAAGUCGACAUAUAGGGUUACUUUUGUUGGUGGCAGUGUCGCGGCAUCCCCAUAGUCUUACAUGCUUCGUUCAAUGACCUGAAGAGCAGUGCAUAAAAAUCGGUACUUUGCACUUCUUAUUUUUUGAGUUAUUGCCCUUUGAUAAUUUUCAUACUUUAUAAUUGUCCGGGACAUUUCAAAUUCUCCUUAAGUAUAAAUAGCUAUGGACAUGAAACUUCAUAGGAUAAUAGAUUUCAUUUAGACGAAGUGCAGUGCUUUAAAGCCAGUGAUUUUCGAGUUAUUGCCAUUUGUUGAUUUUCAUACUUUAUUUUUGUCAAGGCCAAUUCUCCUACACUUAAAAAGCUAUUGACUUCAACUUCAUAGGAUGAUGGAUUUCAUUGAGAAGAAAGCAGUGCACAAGAACUUAUACUCUGCACUUAAUGAUGUUUGAGUUAUUGCCCAUUCAUUUUCUUACUUAAUACGCUUGGCUAUAGCAUAACUUAGUCACUAUAAGUUUGACUCCAAAUUUGGUAUGUAAGCUUUUUUCAUUGACCUGAAGUGCAGUGCUAAAAAGUCCAUCAGAGUCCUCCAUGUAAUUUGACAGUGUAAAACUUUUCCAUGUUUUUUUUAUUUUUGAUAAAACAGUUUUAAUAAUCCUGAUGUAACAUCCUUACAAUCAGUUCAAAUGCCACUAAUGUUAAAUGUUAUAAAUAACCUCUAUUUAAGAAGAAAAUACCUAACUGACAGCUAUACUGUUGACAAGGCAACACAUCCAACUCGCAGAGUUCUAGUUUCUAUGAAAAUAUGAUUUAUUUUCAUCAAGAGAUAUGAAAAUAAAAUUAAUAUUUUAUAA